AUGCCCCGCCUUAGUGACACGAUUUGUGCCGAUCACAAAGACCUCAAGUCAUACUAUGACCAAAUUGUCCAGGCUGAGGACGAAGAUGAACAAUCUCGAUGGCAAAACAUGUUGACAUGGGAGUUAGCUCGUCAUGUAGUAGGCGAGGAAAUAGUGCUCUACCCGGCGCUAAAGCAGCACCUUAAUGAGGAUGCAGCCGAAGAUCGCCAACAACACCAAAUGAUCAAAGAGAAACUUGCAGUCUUUCAAAACCUCAAAGCCCGUGAUCCACGCUUCGUCCCCACCAUGGCCAUUCUCAUGGAUGAUUUGGCCGCCCAUGUCAUUCACGAGGAGCGAGUGGAUCUAAUAAACCUGGAAAGUGCUAUUUCAGAAGAGGAAAGCAACAACCUUGCGGUGUCCUUUGACCGGACAAAGGAUUUUGUCCCCACACGCGCUCACCCUAGUGCGCCCGAUCGACCGCCAUAUCAAACCGCCGUUGGGUUGAUCACGGCUCCACUGGAUUAUUUGCAGGAUCUUUUUCGGAAAUGGCCCGAUUCUGAAUUCACACCGAAUGCCCCAGCAGAAUAA